GCCGGAGUGCCCCUAGUGCUGCCGGGGUGCCCCCAGUGCUGUCCAGGGGUCCCCAAUGCUGCUGGGGGUGCCCCCAGUGCUGCUCGGGGGUCCCCAAUGCUGCUGGAGUGCCCCUAGUGCUGCCGGGGUGCCCCCAGUGCUGUCCAGGGGUCCCCAAUGCUGUCCGGGGGUCCCCAAUGCUGUUCGAGGGUCUCCAUUGCUGCUCAGGGGUCCCCAGUGCUGCCCAGAGGUCCCCAUUGCUGCUGGGUGUCCCCAUUUUUGCCCCUUGCUGACCCCGUCUCUCCGCAGGCAGCGUGGCCGCAGGCAGCGAUGCCCGCGGAACCCCUGAUCUGCGCCGACACGGCCACGCGGGUGAGCUCUGUGCUUAACCGGGACGUGAAGCAGUUUGGGAAGAAGCACAUGUUUGACACGAGCGAGGAGACGUGCUGGAACUCGGACCAGGGCACGUGCCAGUGGGUCACCCUGGAUUUCCCCCGCACCGUCAAGGUCUCGCAGCUCCACAUCCAGUUCCAGGGGGGAUUCUCCAGCCGGCUGUGCACGCUGGAAGGCUGCAGAGCAGGCGAAGGACUGGUGAAAAUAUCCGACCUGUACCCCGAGGACAUCAACGCCAUGCAGAGAUUCCAGGUGGAGGAGACGGUGCUGGACAAGCUGAAGAUCACCUUUGAGAACAGCACCGACUUCUUCGGGAGGAUCGUGGUGUACCACCUCGGGGUGCUGGGGGAGAGGCUCUAGGGCACAGGCGAGGGACAGCGUGGGGGGCCGCUUCCCCAUCGCCUGCGUUCCCCCCCAGGGGCUCUGCUGCGUGGGGGGAAACGGGACAGCAAACCCUGCCAGUGGGGCCGUGCUGCCCCCAAUUGCACCCCAAGGUGCUGGGAGGGAACCCCCGCCCCACAGGAUGGCAGUGACAGAGGGACACUAGUGCUGAGAUCCACGUGCCGGACUUCCGAGCCUUUGGUGGGACACAGCCUGUGUAACCGGCCGAAUAAACGGCGUCCCCGCUC